CAACGGUGGGCAAGGCAGAGCAAAACGAAAAUGUAGCUCAGCAAUACGAAUCGGCGCAUAGAAUGGCUAUAGGUAUUGAAGAUCAGCUUGAUGAUGCGAAACUGCUGGAUGAAAGCAAUCUGGAAUCUCAUGAUCCAGCAUCGGUGCUUUCUAAGCGACAGCGUAAAAAGCUAUUGAAAAUGGAAAACUGGGAACAGCGAAAGAAGGAAAAACGCCAAAAGGAAAAGGAAAAGUUGAAAGCUAAGCGGCUGCAAGCCAUCCAGCAAGGGCUCCCAACGCGCACCGGACCGAGCAGGAAAGAACUGAAGCGACGGAAAACUAACAACACAGGACUAUCAAAAUCCAGCAUUGAAGUCGCCGUUGAUCUCAGCUUCGAUCAGCUGAUGAUCAACAAAGACGUAGCAAAGUGUGUUAAGCAGCUGCUGCGCAUGUACACACUAAACCGAAGAUCUGAAAGCCCUCUUGCGCUGCACUUUACCGGUAUUCGGCCGGGAGGCGCGGUAGAAAAACAUUUGACCCGUAACGACGGGUACCAGCAUUGGGACGUACGGUUCAGCGACGCUCACUUCACGAAAUUAUUCGAACGGGAAAAACUCAUCUACCUCACCAGCGAAUCUGACAACCUGCUGGAGCGGCUCGAAAAUGGCUGUGUGUACGUUAUUGGUGGCUUGGUGGACCACAAUCAACACAAGGGGCACUGCUACCAGUUGGCACAAAAGUACGGUAUUCGGCACGCCCGGCUUCCUCUUUCUGAACAUCUUGUUAUCAAGACGCGAACUAUCUUGACCAUAAACCAGGUAUUUGAAAUCCUCCUAAACGUGCAUCUAGGCAAAGACUGGAAACAGACGUUACUGGAAGUUUUGCCUGCGCGAAAGGGCGCUAUAGCGAGGGUGAAUGACGAGUGCCCCGCAACGACUGCCGCCGUAGAGCAGAAACAAUCAUCGUAAAACGAUCCGUUUGCGUAUUGCACGUUGGUCAU